AAAUUCCCUUUCCGUCGCCGUCUCGUGUGCGAGGUUUCCCUCCGCGCGCGAAGGAAACACGCUUCCAUUGAACGAGAGCUCAAUUUAGGAGGAAGCGGAGGAGAGAGGCUGGACAGUGAGCUAGACCUUCUUCUUCUUCUUCUUCUUCUUCUUUUGUUUAGCGUCGAGAAGUUCCACGCGCAGCUCGCUGGACUGGAUAUUAUCCACUCGAGGGAAGGAAUAGUUUUGUGAAAUUUCUCCAGAGGUGUUUUUCCGCGCGCCCUUGCUCUGGGAUCCGCGAGCCUACAUACAUAUGGUCCGGCUGAGGGGGACUCACGCGGACGCAGCCUAAGGGAUUUCUUUUUUUCUCCUCGACGCCAAUUGGAAACUAUAAAGGACGACAAAAACUAUUCUGAGGAAGCUUUUUCUCUCGUCGCCAUCGUCUGUUUAUCUGGCAACGAAGAAGCGCUAACGAGGAAUCGCAAACCGCAGAGCUGAACAUGCCGCAAAAAGAAUACUAUAACCGGACCACGUGGGAGUCUGGUGUAGCUUCCAUGAUGCAAAACAAGGUGUAUGACAUCUGUAACGAAGGUCACAGUGGGGUGAACCAGCUCGGCGGAGUGUUCGUGAACGGCAGACCGCUGCCGGACUCUACCAGGCAGAAGAUAGUGGAGCUCGCACACAGCGGCGCGCGACCCUGCGACAUAUCCCGGAUCCUGCAGACCCAAGCUGAUGCAAAAGUCCAAGUGCUGGACAAUGAAACCGUGUCCAACGGCUGCGUGAGUAAGAUUCUGGGCAGGUAUUAUGAGACGGGCUCCAUCCGACCGCGCGCCAUCGGAGGCAGCAAACCCCGAGUAGCCACUCCCGAGGUGGUCAGCAAAAUCGCCCAGUUCAAGAGGGAGUGCCCGUCCAUCUUCGCGUGGGAGAUCCGGGACAGACUGCUGUCAGAGGGCAUCUGCACCAACGACAACAUCCCGAGCGUGUCAUCCAUAAACAGAGUGCUGCGCAACCUGGCGAGCGAAAAGCAACAGAUGGGCGCAGAUGGCAUGUAUGAGAAGCUGAGGAUGCUGAACGGACAGACGGGGACAUGGGGCACCCGGCCGGGCUGGUACCCCGGAACCUCCGUGCCAGGACAGCCCAAUCAAGACGGCUGCCAACAGUCAGAUGGAGGUGCCGAGAACACCAACUCAAUCAGCUCAAACGGUGAGGACUCAGAGGAGGCCCAGAUGAGACUGCAGCUGAAGAGGAAACUGCAGAGGAAUCGCACUUCUUUCACGCAGGAACAGAUAGAAGCACUAGAAAAAGAGUUUGAAAGAACGCACUAUCCAGACGUUUUCGCACGAGAGAGACUUGCUGCGAAAAUCGACCUACCGGAGGCCAGAAUACAGGUGUGGUUCUCAAACAGAAGAGCGAAGUGGAGGCGAGAGGAAAAGCUACGAAAUCAAAGACGACAAGCCAACAACUCCAGCAGUCACAUACCCAUCAGUAGCAGUUUCAGCACAAGCGUCUAUCAGCCAAUCCCUCAGCCAACCACACCAGUGUCCUUUACUUCAGGCUCCAUGCUGGGACGGUCAGACACAGCCCUCACAAACACAUACAGUGCCCUACCGCCAAUGCCAAGCUUCACCAUGGCCAACAACCUGCCUAUGCAAGCAAGCCAGACCUCGUCCUACUCCUGCAUGCUACCAACCAGUCCCUCGGUGAAUGGGCGGAGCUAUGACACAUACACACCCCCUCACAUGCAGGCGCAUAUGAACAGCCAGUCGAUGGCCACCUCGGGCACAACCUCAACGGGUCUAAUCUCGCCUGGAGUGUCUGUACCGGUACAAGUGCCAGGCAGCGAACCGGACAUGUCGCAGUACUGGCCCAGAUUACAGUGAGGGAGCAGAGGGGUGGACGGGGAGCAGGCUGCGCCUCCUGGCCUCUUCCAGCUGCAAGGCAAAGCUCUUCAUCAGUAUUUCACGACACUACAAGGGAGAAGGGAGGCUAAAAAGGACCCGUGUUCUUUUGUACUGGGAUAGUGCCACUUCUCUAGCGUUCCUUGGACACAAAGACUUGAAGAAGAAUCAAAAGAGAACGGACUCGAUGUAAAGUGCCCUGUGUUAUAUCGUUA